AUGAUCAAAGACACAAGUUCUCUUCCUGGUUACACAAUCUUCCAUCAUGAAGAAGGCGACCAAGCCCCUGACUUGUCUAAGCAAGCAGUGAUGCAUCCUCUUGAUCCGCUGUCAAUCGACGAAUUACGAGUUGCUGCCAGGCUCAUCCGUGAGCACAGAAACGCUGGUUCGGUCAAAUUCAAUUGUCUGACUCUACGUGAACCUACCAAGAGCGAGUAUGCAGAGUUCCGUGCAGGGCGAGGGCCGCGACCCGAACGGCGUGCCUUUGCUAUCAUACUGGCAGAGCGUGGUUCAAGCAAGGUUGCCGAGGUCAUUGUCAAUCUGGCCAAAGGCGAGGUUGAGACCUGGAAAGCAGUAUCGGAGGUCGCACCGACCCUGACUCUUGAAGACCUCGACGUUACGGAACGAGUUGCCCGGCUGAACCCCAAAAUCAUUGAGGUUUGCCGUGAGAUUGGCAUUACCGAUAUGUCCAAAGUGUUCUUCGACGCCUGGGCCAUUGGAUUCGACCACCGUUGGGGGUUUGAACGGCGUCUGCAGCAAGGUCUGCCCUACUACCGAAAGUCAUCAAUGGACAACCAGUACGCACACCCCUUGGACUUUUCCGUGGUUGUGGACACCGAGACGGAAGAGGUCCUCGCUAUUGACGUCCGACAUGUCAACGGAGAACGGACCAAGGUCCCGCUGGACGAACACAACUACCUACCAGACUUCAUUCAAGAGUCAUACGAUGGCACUAGGCUCAAGCCUAUCGACAUCACCCAGCCGCAAGGCGUUUCGUUUCGCAUGCAGGGGAACGAGCUUUUCUGGGCGGGCUACAAGAUGCAUAUCGGUUUCAAUUACCGGGAAGGCAUCGUGAUCUCAGACGUGCGCAUCCACGACCAACAACAACAACAAGAUCGAACACUGUUCAACCGCAUUAGCGUUGUCGAAAUGGUUGUCCCGUACGGCAACCCUGAUCCACCACACCAGCGGAAGCACGCCUUUGACGUUGGUGAAUACGGCAGCGGCCUUAUGACGAACUCGCUCAAGCUUGGCUGCGAUUGCAAGGGCGAGAUCCAUUAUCUCGACGCAGUCAUGACGACAUCCAAAGGCGAACCAGCAAUGAUCAAAAACGCGAUUUGCAUCCACGAGGAGGAUAACGGACUUCUCUACAAGCAUACGGACUUUCGUGAUGGCAGUGUUAUUUCAGCCCGUGAUCGGAAGCUCGUCAUUUCCCAGAUCAUCACGGCGGCCAAUUACGAGUAUGCUUUCUACCAUACCUUUACUCUCGACGGCACAUAUAAACUCGAGAUCAAGCUCACGGGCAUGUUGAACACGUAUUGCAUGCACCCAUCCGAGUCGGCAGCUCCGUACGGCACCGAGGUUGCGUCCCGAUUGAAUGCCCAUAAUCACCAGCAUAUCUUCUCGUUGAGAAUUGAUCCCGAGAUUGAUGGGCGAAACAAUUCAGUGCUACAAAGCGACGCGGUACCAUCGGACGCGCCCGUGGGAUCACAAGAAAACCCCUUUGGCAAUGGUUUCUACUGCAAAAAGACACCUUUGCGUACUUCUGAGGAGGGUGCUGCAGUGUAUUGCCACGAGACGAGUCGGGCGUGGGAUAUCAUCAAUCCGAAUAGCAUCAACCCUUCAGCCAAAAAGCCGGUUGGGUACAAAAUCAUCAAUCCCAAUUGCCCGCCUCUUCUGGCCAAACCAGGGAGCAUGGUGUACAAACGGGCGGCGUUUGCUCGCAAGAGUCUUUGGGUAGUGCCGUACAAAGACUACGAGCUUUUCCCGGCUGGGGACUACGUCUGUCAGUCGACGGGAGAGGAGCAUCCGCAUAACCAGACAAUCGUGGAUUGGGUGGCUCGGAACGAGUCUAUCGAAAACACAGAUAUUGUGUGCUACAUUCAAUUUGGUCUCACGCACUUUCCCCGGACGGAGGACUUCCCAAUUAUGCCAGCAGAGCCGGUGAGCGUGAUGCUGCGGGCGUCCAACUUUUUUGAGAAGAACCCAGGACUUUGGGUACCGCCGUCGUCGGUGUGUGUCGAUCGGACGUCCAAGGAUGCAUUCUGCGCCAAUGAGGGGAAGCGUGGUUGCGCUCGGUUGUGA